UCCAACUGUCAACGUCAAUAACAUUCUUAUAGGUUAGGUUUUUAAACACAAACAUAAAUUCUAACCUAUAAAAAUAAUUCCUGAGAAGAAUGGCUGAGAAACUAGAAGAUUUAAAUUUAUCAAACGCUUCCGUACAAAGAAUAAUAAAAGAAGUACUUCCAGAUAAUGUAACUGUUGGAAAAGAUGUAAAAGCAGCUGUAGCUAAAGCUGCCUCUAUGUUUAUACUUUACAUCACAUCUUUGAGUACACAAACGGCGCAUAGAAUGAAUCGAAAAACGUUGUUGGCUCAAGAUAUAUUUGACGCAUUAGAAGAAGCUGAAUUUGAGGAAUUUAUUGAGCAAUUAAGGGAAGCUUUGCUUGCAUUUAAAAAUUCUAAAGGAAAACAUGACUCAAAAGGAAAAGUUGAAGAGGAAGAUGUGGAACAUGAAGAAGAAACUGAAGAAAAAGACGAUUAAUAUUAGUAUUUUUUGACUUAUGUAAAAAAUGUUAUUAAAAUUGUAAAGAAUUGAAAUAAAAUUAUAGAAUAAAUUCAA